AUGGCAGAUCAAGAGAGCCAAAUCUGGCCAUUAGCACCAUCCAGAUUACACCGCCGGAGCGAUGAAGAAAACCCCACUUUCAAAGCCAUACGCAGAGAAAGAAGCAACAAAUGUUUCGUCUACGUCUUCGCAGGCAUCGUCCUUCAAAGCAUAGUCAUCCUUGUCUUUGCUUUGGUUGUUCUUCGUGUCAAAUCCCCCGGUUUCAAUCUCAGCUCUGUCCAGAUCAAAACUCUGAAGUCCACAUCUUCUCCAGCAGCUUCGUUCAACGCAACGUUAUCUACUGAGAUGGCGAUAAAGAACAAAAACUUUGGGCAGUACAAGUUUGAGGGGAGCAGCGCGAGCUUGUGGUACGGAGAGUUCAAAGUCGGCGAAGCUAAAUUUGCAAAGGGUAGCGUGAAAGCGAGAGGGACUCGGAAGGUGAACUUGAGUAUUGAAGUGAGGUCUAAUAGGCUGCCUAAGGAUGUUCAAAUUGGUGGUUUAGGGAGUGAGAUUAAUUCUGGAUAUUUGAACAUUAGCAGCUAUGCAAAGAUUAGUGGGAGAGUGCAUCUGAUGAAUAUCAUGAAGAAGAGGAAGACUAUUGAUAUGAAUUGCACCAUGGUUCUUGUUUUGAAGAAUAAGACAGUUAAGGAUUUAGUAUGCAAAUAA